CGGCGUCUACGUCAUCACGAGGCGCCUUCUCCCCCGGGGUCCGUGUGGCCUGUUGGGAGGAGUUGAUUGGUGUCCGGCGAGCCAUGGAGAGUGACUUCUAUCUGCGUUACUACGUGGGUCACAAAGGCAAAUUCGGCCACGAGUUCCUGGAGUUUGAGUUCCGACCUGACGGGAAAUUGAGAUACGCCAACAAUAGCAAUUACAAAAAUGACGUCAUGAUCAGGAAAGAGGCUUACGUACAUAAAAGUGUGAUGGAGGAGCUAAAGCGGAUUAUCGACGACAGUGAGAUCACCAAGGAAGACGACGCCUUGUGGCCGCCUCCGGACCGCGUAGGCCGCCAGGAGCUUGAAAUCGUCAUUGGAGAUGAACACAUUUCUUUCACAACAUCAAAAAUCGGCUCCCUUAUUGAUGUUAAUCAGUCCAAGGAUCCAGAAGGCUUACGAGUAUUUUAUUACCUUGUCCAAGAUCUGAAGUGUUUAGUCUUCAGCCUCAUUGGAUUACACUUCAAGAUCAAGCCAAUCUAGAUUGAAUAUUGCUGUGGACACUAGGGGUGGGAGUAGUGGGUUUAAGUUACUAUGAUCAGGAACUUUUUGUGUAUAUUGGGGCAAUUUUUUAUUAACAAUGAAUGUCUUUAAUAAAUGUGAUAAAAUCCAA